UGCGUUAUUACUUCUAGACCUCCGCCCAGCAAGCGCCUCUCGCCCCGUCAGAUCGAACCUUGACUCCACCUUGAACAACUGUCGCAAGGGUUGAGUUUCUACUCAUCUCUCUUCUCAUCGCGGAACCCAUAUCAGCCUUCUUCCAUAUCACGCGCAGCUCAACACACGAACAACAUGGCGCCGCAAAACAUCAACGUGCUCCUUUCAUCCUUCCCGGGACUUUCACUUCCCUCCACGGUCACUUUCUCGCUGCCCUCAUCCUCGAGUCUCGCCGAUCUCACCGAUAAAAUCUCAUCCUACCUCCCGCCUUCGAUCCCACUCCACUCCUUGAUCCUGACGACCACCAACAACAAGCAACUCCUCCCCUCCGCCGAACCGCUCCUGCCUUAUCUCGCCAGCAGCACGAAUGGCGACGCCGCCGCCACCACCGCACCGUCCCUCCUUCUCCCCCUCCGGCUCAGCGUGCCCCUCUGCGGAGGCAAGGGUGGGUUCGGAUCCCAGCUGCGCGCCGCCGGCGGGCGCAUGUCGAGCAAGCGCAAGCGCAACCAAGGCGACGACAAUGGCUCCAGCCGCAACCUUGACGGCCGGCGGCUCCGCACCGUCAACGAGGCCAAGGCGCUGGCCGAGUACCUGGCGCUGAAGCCGGAGAUGGACAAAAAGGAAAAGGAGGAGCGCCGCCGCCGGUGGCAGGCCGUCGUGGAGGCGGCGGAGAAGCGGCAGGAGGAGCUGAAGAACGGCGGCGGGAAGCAGAAGAUCGACGGCCAGUGGAUGGAGGAUAAGGAGGAGAUGAACGAGAAGGCGCGCGAGGCGGUCUUGAUGGCCAUGAAGGACGGCAUGUGGACGGACAAUCUGCGCGAUACGAUCCUCGGGGGCUCGAGCACCAGCGCCAGCGCCAGUGAGGGCAGUGAUCGGGAUACUUCGUCUACUGGGGAUGAGAGUGAGGGUGAGGAUAAUGGUGAUGCGAAGGAGGAGGAGAUGGUCGAUGUGCCUGGUCCGUCAAAUGCGACUCGCAGCAGUGCACCUCGGCGUUAUAUCGGGUUCGAUGAGGAUGAUGAGUUCAUGAGUGACUCUGAGGAGGAGGAGGAGGAGGAGGAGGAGGUUGAAGAUGUCAAGGGAAAGGGGAAAGCGAAGGCUUGAAGAGGUAUAUCGCUUGAUGGUCAAUGGUUUUGCGUGGCGCAUGGUCUGGGCUGGGCAUUCACUGUUACUUUACUCUGGGUUUCUAUUAUGAUUUUUAUGCAUGAUUGCUUUCGUGUAACUACUCAAUAGCCAAGCGAAUGUUGUUUAUACCAAUUGAAGAUAAUGGAUAUGAGGUCUACAAGAAAA